ACAGCCUACUACAUGUAGACAACAACAAGCAAGAGUGGUGCAGAAUUAAGGCAGAAGGAGAUUGCAAUGGUUCUAGCUGCCGAGAGAGAUGGCCAGUUUGAGGUCAUCGACAUCGAGAGCGGCCUCGAUGGAGCGUUCUCCAUCGUCGACCGGCAGGACUCGCUGUUCCGGGAGGCGGUGAGGGGUCAUCACCACCGUGCUGGUGAAGGUCACUCUGAACAGGAUAGCUGGUGGAGGACGCUGCGGCUGGCGUUCCAGUGCGUCGGCAUCCUGUACGGCGACGUCGGGACGUCGCCGCUGUACGUGUACUCGACCGCCUUCGACCACGGCGUCGGGCACCCCGACGACAUCCUGGGGGUGCUCUCCCUCAUCAUCUACAGCUUCAUGCUCUUCACCGUCAUCAAGAUCGUCUUCGUCGCCCUCCACGCCAACGAUGACGGGGAUGGAGGAACAUUUGCACUCUACUCUUUGAUUUCGAGGCACGCCAAGGUCAGCCUGAUCCCUAACCAUCAGGUCGAAGAUGAGCUGGUCUCGAGUUACAGCAGACACGGGAAGCCGUCGGCGACGCUGAGGAGAGCUAACUGGCUGAGGCAUUUGCUUGAGACAAGCAAGUCAGCCAAGAUUUCGCUCUUCCUCCUUACCAUCCUUGCGAUCGCGAUGGUCAUCAGCGACGCUGUUCUAACUCCUCCUAUUUCGGUACUGUCAGCUGUAAGUGGGUUGAAGGAAAAGGUGCCUGAUUUGACAACAGAUCAAAUUGUAUGGAUCACCGUCGCAAUUUUGAUAGUUCUGUUCGCUAUCCAGCGCUUUGGAACCGACAAAGUUGGCUACUCGUUCGCACCAAUCAUACUGCUGUGGUUGCUUCUGAUCGGAGGAGUCGGGCUCCAUAACCUGAUCAAAUAUGAUGUUGGCGUCUUGAGGUCGUUCAACCCAAAAUACAUCAUUGACUAUUUCAGGAGAAACAAGAAGGAAGGAUGGGUCUCGCUUGGUGACAUCCUCCUUGUUUUCACAGGAACGGAAGCUCUUUUUGCUAAUUUGGGUUACUUCAGCAUUAGAUCCAUUCAGUUAAGCUUUAGCUUUGGGUUACUGCCAUCUAUAUUGCUUACUUACAUCGGGCAAGCAGCAUACUUAAGGAAGCAUCCAGAACACUUUGCUGAUACUUUCUAUAGAUCAGUUCCAAGCACUCUGUUUUGGCCUACAUUUAUCUUGGCGAUCGCGGCAUCCAUCAUCGGAAGCCAAGCAAUGAUCUCAUGUGCUUUUGCAACUGUUUCACAUUUACAAACACUCAGUUGCUUUCCGAGGGUUAGGAUACUGCACACAUCAAAGCGAUUUUACGGACAACUGUAUGUUCCUGUAGUCAACUUACUGUUGUGCGUAGCUGCUUGUCUCGUGACUGUCAGUUUCAAGACAACCACCAUUAUCGGAAAAGCCCAUGAAAUCUGUGUGAUCCUCGUGAUGAUCAUCACAACACUGCUGAUGACAAUCGUGAUGCUCUUGGUCUGGAAAAUCAGUAUUUGGUGGAUUGCACUCUUCUUCGUCAUAUUCAUUCCAAUAGAGUCUGUUUACCUAUCAUCGGUGUUAUACAAGUUUACCCAUGGACCAUAUGUGCCAGUUGCUAUGUCGGCAGUCUUGAUGGUGGUGAUGAUCGUUUGGCACUAUGUACAUGCCAAAAGGUACAAGUAUGAGCUGAAGCACACCUUGUCCCCUAACAAGGCUAGAGAACUGCUUGAGCACCAUGAUCUGAAGAGGGUCCCCGGAGUUGGGCUAUUCUACACUGAGCUAGUGCAAGGCAUCCCACCCAUAUUCCCUCACCUCAUCGAGAAGAUCCCGACCAUUCACUCGGUCCUUAUCUUUGUCUCCAUCAAGCAUUUGCAUGUUCCCCAUGUCGAUGCUUCUGAGCGCUUCCUCUUCCGGCAAGUGGAGCCGAAGGAGUUCAAGGUAUUUCGAUGUGUGGCACGGUAUGGGUACCGGGACUCCCUUGAUCAGGAGGCUGAAGGCUUCGUCCUCGCGCUUGUUGAGUCUCUCCAGUAUUACAUAAGAGAUGUCAAUCUCUACUCUGCAGAUGAGAUUCAGAAUAUUAGCUAUCCGAUUUCUCGCGAUCAGAGCUUAUCUCGGGAGAAGCCUUCUGGACGGCAUGCCAUCUAUGCUGAGGAGAUGAUCACACCAAUCCAAUCCUUUUCUGAGCUCACAACACUGUCAAAUGGUGUGAGCAAUCGUCUACCACAGUUUCAGGUAUCAAAGAUGAAUAUUGCGGAGUUAGCGAAGAUCGAGGAGGAACAGAAGUUCAUCCAAAGAGAAACAGAGAGAGGUGUGGUGUACAUACUUGGAGAGACUGAGGUGGUGGCAAGGCCUCAGUCCUCGCUCCUUAAGAAGAUUGUUGUCAACUACAUAUACUCCUUCCUAAGGAAGAACUUCAUGCAAGGAGAGAAGAUGCUAUCGAUUCCCCAUGGCAAGCUACUGAAAGUUGGAAUCUCAUACGAAAUUUGAUGGUUUAUUCGUAUGCCAAACUGUCAAAACGUUGGGAACUGAAAGAAGCAAAGCUAGGAUCUGGGUAUACUUGUGCAUGCAGGGUUGAUCUGUAAGAUAAUUGUACGAUAAUGUAACGUGUAGAUCAAGAGUCAACAGGAUGCUAUGAUGCUGCACAUGGACAAAUUUGGCUGAGUGUGGCUAGCAUUCGUGUGCUCUAGAAAUGUGCAUAUUAUUUUAAUGUCGCAUAUCUAUUUUUUUUAUGAAUACAUUGUGUGUGUA